CAGUCUUAUUCAACACUCACUCAACGCAAAAUCCUCCUCCUCCCACACCCAUAGAAACAAAAAAAAGGAAAAAUCAAAAUCAAAAUCAAAAUGAAAAACAAAUAAAUCAAAAUUUCAGAAAUCAGAUCGCCAACAGUUCUUCCUCUUCUUUCAAAUUUUCUCUCAAUUUUCAGUAAAAAGGAAAAUUUCAAUAUCUUUUUAAUUCUCCAAGCUGAUAUCUUCGUACGGAGCUUGUAAGUACAUAUAUAAUGCUCGAGACUUGGUUUCGCUUUGUUUCCAGUCGCUUCCAGGAAGAUAGGUGUUUGGAUGGAAUGGAGGGCACAACCGCUAAAAAUCAGGAGGGUAUCAAAUACUAGUAUCAGCUGUAAUUAUCAAAUAUAUUUAUGGCAUCUGCCAGCCUUGGGAAUGGGGGAGUGGGCAGUUCUAGGUCUGUUAAUGGAUUUAAGAGUUCGUCAAGUUCAGUUGACUGGCUGGGGCGGGAAAUGCUUGAAAUGAGAUUACGGGACCAGGUGGACCACGACGAGGACAGAGAUAGUGAACCGGAUAUAAUUGACGGUGUGGGUGCUGAAACAGGACAUGUGAUAAGAACAACCAUUGGUGGUCGAAAUGGCAAUUCUAAGCAGAAAAUAAGUUAUAUUGCUGAGCAUGUGGUUGGAACUGGUUCUUUUGGUGUUGUUUUUCAAGCAAAAUGUAGAGAAACUGGAGAGACUGUCGCUAUUAAGAAGGUUCUCCAAGACAAGCGCUAUAAGAAUAGGGAAUUACAAAUCAUGCAAAUGUUGGACCAUCCAAAUAUUGUUGCCCUUAAGCAUUGUUUCUUCUCAACAACGGACAAGGAAGAGCUUUAUCUGAAUCUUGUCCUUGAAUAUGUUCCUGAAACUGUUAAUCGUAUUGCAAGGAACUACAGCAGGAUCAACCAACGAAUGCCCUUGAUAUAUGUUAAACUUUAUGCAUAUCAGAUCUGCAGGGCACUUGCUUAUAUACAUAAUUGCAUUGGUAUUUGUCACCGAGAUAUCAAGCCUCAGAACUUGCUAGUCAAUCCUCACACACAUCAGCUGAAACUUUGCGAUUUUGGGAGUGCCAAAGUUCUGGUGAAAGGAGAACCCAAUGUUUCUUACAUUUGCUCGAGAUAUUAUCGUGCUCCAGAACUCAUAUUUGGUGCCACUGAGUAUACAACUGCUAUAGAUAUAUGGUCCACAGGUUGUGUGAUGGCUGAGUUGCUUCUUGGACAGCCUUUGUUUCCUGGUGAAAGUGGUGUUGACCAACUAGUUGAGAUUAUCAAGGUUUUAGGAACACCAACCAGGGAGGAGAUAAAGUGCAUGAAUCCAAAUUAUACAGAAUUUAAGUUUCCACAGAUAAAACCUCAUCCAUGGCACAAGGUCUUCCAAAAACGUUUACCCCCAGAAGCAGUAGACCUCGUCUGUAGGUUUUUUCAGUACUCUCCCAAUUUGCGAUAUACUGCUCUGGAAGCCUGCGUCCAUCCUUUCUUUGAUGAUUUAAGGGACCCAAAUACCCGUCUUCCAAAUGGCCGCCCGCUUCCUCCACUCUUUAACUUUAAACCUCAGGAGCUUUCUGGCAUAUCACCCGACAUCGUCAACCGGCUUAUUCCAGAGCAUGCUCGUAAGCAGAACUUAUUCAUGGCGUUGCACUCUUAGCACAUCAAUUGCGUCAAGCGUCUUCUUUGUUGCUUCCAUGCACUAUCAACCGCCCUGCCGCCAUUUUGGUCUUCUGAGUUUAUGAAUGUUAGAAUCUGUGGCUACAUCCCUUCUGAAUCCACUUUCUGUUAAUUCCAGUGACGAAAGGAGUGUUGCAAAAAGGAGUCUGUAGGACAAUUUGAGGUUUUUGAGUUUGUGUAUGUGUUAUGAUGCUUUGAAGACCACUAGAACAUACUUUGUUGUAAUUUGUUAAUUGUUAUAUCCCUGUUUUAUGGGCGAUUUUAGUAAGAUAAAAAAUAUGAGUAUCUGUAAAAAAUUAAAAAAAAAAAAAUUAAAUUUGUUGUGA